GUUUCAUCUUGAUACUUUUGUUCUUUUAGUGAUCUUCCUUGAUAUCUUUCAUCAUUUUCUUUUGAUUGAUUCAUUCGGAUCGACUCUUUCUACACUUUUCAAUGGUUCUGUUGAAUUCCAUCGGAUUUCGAAUUUUUUGGCUAUUGACUAAAAUUGUUUGGACACGUGUCAUACUAAAAAAUUAAAAACUCUAUACACAAACAUUAAGUGAGUUAAAAACAAAAAUUUAAAGACUAUUAAUCCUUUGAAAAUUCUAAUUGGGCCGCUGAGUUAGUAAUAGUAUAUACUACAAUCUGGAUCGGAUAUGGGAUAUGCCCAGUUUAACAGGCACUGAAAAAUAAUUAGCCCAUAAACUGAAUAAUAGUUGUGUGAUCUAUUUUUCCAUUUUGGGACAUUCUCUAUUAAAUGUUUCAUUAGUUUUUAUAUUAUUUUAGAUAAAUGUGAACUUCAUAUUAAUUAACUUAUUUAUUCAUAUUUUAUUAUAAAGUAAAUUACUAAAGUAAGAGAGAAGGAAUAAAAUAGAUUCAAUUUUUAGUAAUCAGUCAUCUUGUGGACCGGAGGGAGUAAUAUGCAUAAAAGCAUGAUGGUGAGCCACGGAGGGACUAGGGUAGUUAUAGGGCUAAAUUAACAGGCGAGGAAGAAAUUUAAGUAAAAGAGAAAGAAGCAAACUAGUUGCAAUGAUGUAUUUAAGGUGGUCAGAAAAUAUGGAGAGAGAUGCAUGGGAAAGAGGUGAUGAGGAAGGAGGCAGGCCGUGAAAAUUCCGUAGAAACAUGUGAAAUCUGCCAACCUCGUGAAUGUGUUUGUGAGAGGAAAUCCCCCCUCAAGCCAUGGAAGAAAGGCCCCGCGAGGGGAAAAGGCGGUCCUCAGAACGCCACCUGCGAGUACCGUGGCGUUCGACAGAGGACUUGGGGGAAGUGGGUGGCCGAGAUAAGAGAGCCCAAGAAGAGGACCAGGCUCUGGCUGGGCUCUUUCUCCACCGCCGAAGAGGCUGCCAUGGCUUACGAUGAAGCCGCAAGAAGGUUAUAUGGGCCCGAGGCGUACCUUAACCUGCCCCACUUGAGAUCCAACUUCAAUCCAUUGAGCAAGUCGCACAAGUUCAAAUGGUUCCCUGCCAAUACCUUCCACUCCAAGCUGUCCACUACAGGACUGCUGAAUUUGAAUGCGCAGCCGAGCGUCCAUGUGAUCCACCAGAGGCUGCAAGAACUCAAGAAGAGUGGCGUUCUUGGUCAGGAUUAUUCAUCAAGUUCAUCAUCCAGUGAUCCCAAAAACAACGUGCAGGUUCUAAGCGAGGAGCCACAACUAGAAAUUCAUGACGCAGCAGAGAAAGAUACCGAGUUUUCAUCUAAGAGUAAAGUGAUUACCGCUGAAGAGAAGCCGCAGAUUGAUCUCAACGAAUUCCUCCAGCAGCUCGGAUUACUAAAAGGAGAGGGACAUCAGCCAUGUGAGAGUGAUAACACAUCAAAGAAUUUCACGGAGAUGGAAUCAUUAUCAUUCAAAGAUGAUGAGGAAGAUGCAUUCGGUACCUGUGCAGCUAACCAUUUUAACUGGGAUACACUGAGUGAAAUAGCAGAAGCAGAUAUACAUCUAGGAGCAGAAACCACCAAUUUCCAUGUACGUGAUAGUAACGAAGAGAUGUUUUUUCAUCCAUCAAUCUGGAACUUUUAGGGGAGUCGGGGAUUUUUUUUGUCAUCACAGGUUUCAAUACUAAUAGGAAUAUUUCCCUACAUAGACUACUUUAGCUCAUGUGCAACAGCUCUGUUUUGUAUAAUAUAGCAAGUAAAAGAAGUCCCUAAAACACAUGACAGCACACCGUGAGACGCUGUGUCUUAGAAGUAGAUGUAUGACUUACCUUUCCCUGCCUUGUCUAGCAGUUUCAUUUGCUUUAUACUGACA